CUUUGGCCUGGAACAACUCGGGUAGAAAUGUUAUGUGGAUGGCAGACUUCCAUCUCCAACAUCCGGCUCCCCACCAGGCCAGGGUCCAAGUGUGCACUUUCAGUGUCUUUGUUUCGAAAGUUUACUUCCGCUGGCAGUUUAGCAAGCAUAAUCCUUCACAUUUGUGGAAUAAAUUGCCAGUUGCUAUUCGAUUAGAUACAGGCACCACACCCGCCACUGAAUUUCAAUGUCUACACCGACUCUGGGGCCUCCACCACAACGGUAGCCAACAACGACGCGGCGAAUCUCCCUACUUUGAGAUACUGAAUGUGAAUCCACUCAUUGGUGCAUUGUUAACUCCCAUCUGGACCCCCGAGCCCUGGCUUCCGAACGACAUGCUUGGCGGUUGGGACAGCUGCGGCAUCGGCCUGGGCCUCUUGCACCUUUGCCAAACGCCCACCGAGCAACCUCCGUGAGGCUUCGAGUGUUUCCUGCCCCCUCUCCAGCAGGUCUGGUGUCUGUUCUUCCUCGAAGGCUGGAUCAUCGUUGCCGGCACUGCCAAGCAUCUGGCGUCUUGUGCCUACGCUGACGAGUCGUUGAUCCGUCGUUUCAAUCGCGGUGGUUUUUUUCUCGCUCCGUCUCGUUGAUAUGAUUUCGUUUAUUUCCUCGGUGAUGUGCGUGUUGAGGAUAGAGCUCCGUCUAUAUGACCAUCGUACGCCGUUGUCCUGCCUGGAGCUGGUUUGCCAUGGACUUGACUUCGGAUCGCUUGAGCAGGCCGAUGCUCACUUUGCCCCGCAUUGCCAGCUCUCCGCCAUGGUGCUGCGAGUCGUCCAGCGACAAGAAAGGCAGAUUGGAAGAAGCCAAGGAUCUGGGAGUGCAGACACUGGAAGCGGCGCAGAAGAUCUACGGACUCGAACACGACAGCACACUCCGUGCCACUGUUAUACUUGGGUCUAUUCUAAAUGCGCAGAGAAAUUCAAAAGAGGCCGAAGCAUUAUAUCGACUUGCACUGGCCUCCUACGAGCGGUCGGAAACCAGGUCGGAAGAUCAACUGAAUGUUGUGUGCCAUCUCGCCGCAGCACUCAGCAACCAACGGGACUCUAACGAGGCCGAGACAAUGUACCGACGGGCGUCAUCAGAUUUCGAGAAGCUGAGGGUCGACAUCCCGCUAUACCCGGAACUGCUUGUAAUCUCGGCCAUGUGUUCCAACUUCAAGAAAAGUACAAAGAUGCAGAGCGGCUGUAUCAACAGUCUUAUGAAGGUUACAAUGAGCUCCUAG